CGCUGCCGAACAAGAGGAAGAAGGAGAGGUGGCUGGUGAGGCGUAUGUUCCACAACCAUACGCUCCUCAGGAUGAGGUACAACCACAAAUUUAUGCUGAGGAGUUCAUUUCCCUCAACGACCAAGGUAUCCUAUACAAUUUUGAUGACCAAGCGGCCCUUACUCAGCAAGUACAUCUCUGCUCUGACAACAUCGACAAUAUUGUGGCCCGAGGGUAUUUGUACGAGCAUGUGGGUGUGAUCAAAGUUCACUGCCAGGAUUACGAUGAUUCACAUGCUCGGAUCAUGGUUACGGAAAUCCUGCAAGAGGACGCUGAAAUCCCAGUCCCACUUGAAGAGUUCAGAUAUGUUAGGGACGUGUACCAGAUGUUCCUUCCUUGGCCUAAACACUUAAUUUUAACAACCGAGGGUCCACUCGCUCAACCGCCCUCAAGACGUGAUGCGUCAAAGGGGAAAGCUCCGAUGCUUUCUCCAGAAAGCCGUGGUGCACGGGAAGAUGAGUUGUUCACGGAAGAGAAGAUGGCGUUGAUCCCUAAUUCGCUGAAAUGGAUGAUUCAUGAAUUCCUAAGGCUCAAAGAUAAACGUGAUAUAAUCACAAUUUCUGUCCCCCGAGGAUUCAUUGCACCGCGUACCCGGAUCAUUUUAUGCGGAGAGGAUUUGCGACGGGUUGCUACGUUGAACGUCUCCAAAAAGUUUACUUUGAUACAGAUAAGUCCUCAAUCUUUAAAAAUUAUAAUUAUCUUGAGCUUGGGGCUAUUACCACAAUUUUUUGAGAUUGAAGAUCUAUCUGCAUCAAAGUGA